CAAAAUUACUCUGUGUUGUUUUCUAAAACAAAAUUUCCACCCACCAUUUCUAAACAACAAAGAAAACAAAACACUUAUUAAAUUGCCUAAUUAAACAUAAUUACAAUGGAAAAGGAACUGGACAAAGUCAUAGAAGAGAUAAUGUUAACGCCAGACGUGAACGGCUGUCUAGUAGCUGACCACCAAGGAUUAUGUUUAGCCGCAAAAGGAACAGCGCACGUUGACUCCGCUGGAAUCAUAGUGGCCAUAUCAGAACAGGCGUGUAAAAUACAGCCGAACCUUAAACCACCCACUGUGUGCCUGGAGACGGACAAAAAACAGUGCCUCAUCCAACGACACGGUACAAUUACUGGAGCGAUCUUUAAACAAAAGGCUUAGUAGAUUUGAUUUAAUUAUGUAUCAAGACUGACAUUAAAAAAAAAACAGAAGAAUUAUUGACCAUUGAAUCUACAAUCACGAUCACAUGCUAGGAAAAGACACAGUUUAAGUUAAAAAGGAGUAAGCAGCAUAUUGGAGGCUUUGAAUAACUUUGAAAAAUUUUAAUUGUAAGUGGCAAUUACACCCAUUGCCUGUUCCUUCGCUGUCCUUUAUUUACACCUAUUACAUGUUGAUUAAUGGUGGAAAACAUAUAGUCGUAAAUUUCUACUAAUCUUCUGAUAUGAGUGUAAGAAACUACCAUUGGCCUAUUGAGUUAUCUCUUAUUUAUUCCUCUAAUAGCAAAUAAAUAUAUUAUACUUUUUUUUUUAUCAAAAUAAUGUUAUCUUGUAUGUGGUUUAGAUUUGACAUAUUUAACCUAUAAAAACAUCCUUGUAUUGUAUUAAAAAAUCUAGAUUUAUCCCUCACUUAUUAAACUGUGCAUAGAUACCAAAACAUAUUAUAUAAAUAAGUUAAUUAUAUGUAAAUAAUUAUAUGAAAAUUAUUAUAAUUGUUCAUUUUAAA